AUGCUACAUUUCUUCCACCAUUCACAGCCUCACCUGAAGUUCAGAACUCACUUUCCUCCCCUUGCUUUUCUCCAUCUCAUACAUUUUCAUUCUCUCUCUCCAAAUUCAACCUCUAGCAACUUCUCCAACCUCUCCAGCCUGUUACAAGGCCAUCUUCCACACUCUCACAUACUCCAAAUCCAUGCUCAUAUCUUCAGAGUUGGCGCACACCAAGAUAAUCUGAUAGCCACUCGUCUCAUUGGCCACUACCCAUCUCAGCUAGCUCUUCGCGUCUUUCACCUACUACAAUCUCCCAAUACAUUUCCUUUCAAUGCCAUUAUUCGAGCAUUAGCUGAAGAAGGCCUUUACUCUCCUGCCAUACUUAUAUUCAAAAGAUUGAAGUUGCAAUCCCUUUCACCCAGUGACUUGACCUUUUCUUUCCUUCUUAAGGUCUGUUUUCGGUCCAAGGAAGCAUAUUAUGUCAAACAAUUUCACCCUCACAUUGUAAAACUGGGUUUUGUUGAUAAUUCUUAUGUGUGUAAUGGUUUACUCGCUGUCUAUGCUAAGGGGCAGAAAGAUAUGGUGUCGGCACGCAAAGUGUUUGAUCAAAUGCCUGACAGAAGUGUGGUUUGUUCUUGGACUUCUUUGAUUUCUGGGUAUGCCCAGUCGGGUCAGGUGGAGGAAGUUCUGAGUCUUUUUCUAUUAAUGAUAAAAGAGAAUUUGAGGCCAGAAAACGACACUAUGGUUAGUGUUUUAUCUGCAUGUUCUAAGCUUGAGAUUUUACAAAUUGAGAAAUGGUUGAGAAUAAUAUUAGAAUUUAGAAAUAAUUUUGUUUCCAAGAAUUUGGGUCAUGGUUCAGUCAAUACUGUUCUUGUUUAUUUAUAUGGGAAAGGGGGAAAGGUUGACAAGAGUAGGGAAAUAUUUAAUGAAAUGCCUGACAAUGGAAAGAGAACUGUGCUUCCUUGGAAUGCCAUGAUAGGUGCUUACGUUCAAAAUGGUUGUGCUGUUGAGGCUUUAAGUCUUUUCCACCAGAUGCUGGAGAAAUAUAAUUGUAGACCCAACCAUGUCACGGUGGUUUCUGUGCUCUCAGCCUGUGCUCAAAUUGGUGAUUUGGACCUAGGAACAUGGGUUCACGAAUAUAUGAAGUCUGAAGGGCGCAAAUGCAUUAUAACCCUAAACACAAAUCUGGCAACUGCAUUGAUAGAUAUGUAUUUUAAAUGUGGGAGUUUGGAGAGGGCAAGAGGGGUUUUUAAUCAGGUGGUCACCAAAGAUGUUGUUUCAUUUAAUGCUAUGAUCAUGGGCCUGGCAAUAAACGGUCAAGGAGAAGAGGCAUUGAGACUUUUCUCCAAAAUGCAAGAGAGUGGUUUGCGUGCCAAUGGUGGAACAUGGCUUGGUGUUCUUUGUGCGUGUAGUCACUCGGGACUGUUAGAGAAAGGGCGUCUAAUAUUUAAGGACAUGAGACGACUUUCAAUCACCCCUAAAUUGGAACAUUAUGCUUGCUAUAUAGAUCUCCUUGCACGAGUGGGCUGUGUUGAAGAAGCACUUGAAGUUGUUAUCUCCAUGCCUUUUGAGCCCAAUGAUUUUGUGUGGGGAGCUUUGCUGGGCGGUUGUGUGCUCCACAAUAGAUUAGAAUUGGCCCAAGAUAUUUCCACCAUGCUUGUUAAGGUGGACCCUGAAAAUUCUGCAGGCUAUGUGAUGAUGUCAAAUGCAUUUGCAGUUGAUCACCGAUGGAGUGAUGUCUCAGGGCUGAGGAGGGCUAUGAGGGAAAAGGGUGUAAGGAAGCAGCCCGGGUGUAGCUGGAUUAGCAUCAAUGGAACUCUGUAUGAGUUUCUAGCUGGGUCCCCCCUACAUCUUCAAAAUGAUGGCAUUUAUCAUGCACUGCAUGGGUUGCUGAAUGAAAUGAAGUUAGAAAGUCCUUAAUGAAUUCGUAAUCACUUUCAGGAGAUGAUUAUUUUUUUGGGCAUGUCAUGUUAGAAUUGGUUCAGGUUUCAACAUCUUCCAGGCAGAAUAGAUUUUCCCUUUUCGAAAAUUAGUUCUCUGUGGGAGCCACUGCUGGUUCUAGUCUUUGCUUACUGUUAGAACAAACUCCUUUGGAUAAAGCUGAGGACCAUUCAAGGUCGAGUUGUUGCUGCUAAGGCAGAAGCUGCUUGGAAGACUCUCUCUUAGCCUUUUGAUGUUAG